AUGGAUACGAACGAGCAGCAGCCAGAGCCGACGCUGCCGCCGGCAGAGCAGAUGCGCCAACGGCGUCUGGCGAAGCUGGCAAAUAUGACCGCCGCUUCUUCGAGCUCCAGAUCUGCCGACAGUAACACCACCUCCGAGCCCUCCACCUCAUCACCCUCGGCCGAACCCUCGAAAGCGAGUUCGCCAAACCCAGAGAAUGCUUCCCGAAGCCAGACCCCGAACCGCAAGAUAACCAUCACACCUGCGCCCGCCUCGGCAAACAAGCCCUCGGCCGGUAACCACUUCACACAGUUGGGAAGUAGGAAGAAGUCGACAUCCGGAAGUAACAUGUCUGGCGAUUCAGGUAACAGUCGCAACCUCAAGAGACCAGCAGCGGCUGUUGACACACCGCGAGCAGCAGCACCUCCGUCCAAGAAGAUCAACAUCGCGAAGGAAGAGCGACUCGAGGAUUGGUCGAACAGAGUACUGGGGGACAUCUUUCAAGUCACACUGGAAGAGCACCAUACAGUCAAUAGCCAGGGUGCCAGACUGACCUACUUACCCGACCUGAAAUCAGAGCUGGAACAGUCGGGCGAUCCAGUCAAACUCACCGCUUCCACUAUUGACUCGGCCAUACUCGAGGCAUCUAGAUAUGUGCCGGAAACCAAGGCGCUCAUGGGUUACCUACUGCCCUGCUGGAAACGGGUGAUGCGAGCGAACAAACCAUCAAGACGUCCAACUGAAGAGAAGGAGGCAAUAUUGCACGAGGCCAAACGGUUGUGCAUGAGCAACUGCAUUUUUGCACUCACAAUGCCGGAGUACUUUGGCCGGGACCCCAACCCGUCCCACGAUACGCUGGUGCCCUACCUCCUUCGCAACCACGACAACGAAGAUAGCGUGUGCCUAGAUUUCUUCUCGGAAGCAGUGUCGCGUAUGAAGGAAGAUGACUCCAUUGCUUCAAUCUUCACCGAGUCCAUGGUCCAAAUCAGUCAAAGACUGGCCAGUCUGACCAUGAACGAUGACUACAAACCUCUAGUCAAUUGUUUGGUCACGUACUCGAGAUAUCCGGUGCUCCUUGAUGCCCUCGCGGAACAUCCUUGCUUUCAAGUGCAGCAGACUCCAGGCAUGACAAGAGAGCAAAUGGCGUUGGCAAGCGAGAACCAAACCAUUUUGGGGCCUUUCUUCAGGAUCUCGCCCCUGCAGACCGAAGUGACGAAGACGUACUUCUCCAGCCCCCGGACUAUUGACAAGGGCCAUGUCAGAUCUUCCCAGACUUCCCUACAGAUGACGCUGAAAGCUCACCAGGGCGAUUUGACGAGCAUCGCCACCGCUUUCGCGAAGGCCAGCAAGGAAUCCAGGAACCACUUACUCAAUUGGUUUGCGUAUACCAUGAAUGCCAAUCACAAGAGGCGUGCUUUACAAGUCAAGUCCGCAGACGUUGCCUCGGACGGUUUCAUGGUCAACGUGACAGUUAUUUUGGACCAGCUCUUCCAACCUAUCAUGGACACCACUUUCUCCAAGAUUCACAAAGUGGACAUCGGCUACCUCCAGCGAGAUCCGCGGGUGAACAUGAGCGAUGAGACCAAGGUAAAUGCCGAUCAAGCUACUGCAGAUGCAUUCUAUAACGUCCGAUUAAACGGCGAGACCAACUUUGUCAACGACAUCUUCUUCCUGACGCUGGCCGCUCACCACUACGGCUUGGGUGCAACUCAAGCGAAGCUCAAGGACCUCGAUAAAGACAUCAAGUAUGUUGAGAAGGUCAUCAAGCAGAUGGAGGAUGAACUGCCCAAACUGCAGAACGAUCCACUUCGCCUGGCCAUGGCCAAGCGGGAAGUCCAAACCGCCGUUAACACCGUCGAGAAGUACAUUGCCUUGAAGUAUGCAAUUCAAGGAGUGGUGACAGACCAGGGCAUACAGGCAACAUCUUUAAUGUUCAUGCGCCACGUCGCUGUCUGGCUUCUCAGAGUUGCUACUCAAACGGACUAUGCCCCCGGCAAGCCGAUUAGCCUCCCGCUUCCGGCUAACCAACCUGCAUCUUUCAGCUGUCUGCCCGAGUAUGCUCUUCAAGAUAUCGUAGAGAACUUCAAGUUCGUUUUCAGAUAUGUCCCGGAUAUCCUCGUGUCAGCCGUAGGGGAUGAGCUCAUCGCCCUAUGCAUCACAUUCUUGAGGUCCUCGGAAUAUAUCAAGAACCCGUAUCUCAAGUCUUCGCUCGUCACACUCCUCUUUUCUGGCACAUGGCCCAUAUAUCAUCUCAGCCGCGGUGUGUUUGGCGAAUCAUUGAUGGGGUCGGACUUUGCCAACAAGCACUUGUUGCAUUCACUCAUGAAGUUUUACAUCGAAUGUGAGCAUAGCGGAGUCAGCUCAGCGUUCUACGACAAAUUCAACAUCCGCUAUGAGAUCUUCCAGGUCAUCAAGGCGAUCUGGCCGAACGAUGUCUACCGGGAUAAUCUCAGUAAAGAAAGCAGGGUCAAUCGACAAUUUUUCGUGCAAUUUGUCAACUUGCUACUGAACGAUGCUACAUACCUUCUAGACGAGGCCCUGACGAAGCUCGUGAAGAUACAUGACUAUCAGAAACAAUUACAGGAUCCCGCGCUGUCCCCCGAAGAUCGAGAAAAGGCCAGAACGGAUAUGGAACAAGCAGAAAGCCAGUGCCAAUCUUGGAUGCAGCUGGUUAACGACACCAUGGGGAUGAUGAAACUAUUCACAGACACGCUCCGUGACCCUUUCACCAUGCCAGAGAUUGUAGUACGACUGGCAGGCAUGCUCAACUACAACCUCGAGACCCUGGUGGGUCCGAAACGAGGCCAGUUGAAGGUGGAGGAUGCCAAGAAGUAUCACUUCGACCCGAAGACGUUGCUAUCAGACUUCAUUGACGUCUAUAUCAACCUGAGCUCGAAAGCGACCUUUAUCGAUGCUGUUGCUUCGGAUGGUCGUUCGUACAAGCCGACGAACUUUGAAGCCGCAGCUCGGCUGCUCAAGAACAGUCUGCACAAAGCGCCCGAAGUAGUCGCUGCGUGGGACUCGCUGAGAAAGCAGGUUGCGGAAGCGAAGCAACGCCUAGACCAGGCCGAGCUUGACCUAGGUGACAUACCGGACGAGUUUGAGGAUCCUCUCAUGGGAGAGUUGAUGAAUGACCCCGUCAUUCUACCGUCUCAGAACAUUGUUGACCGAUCCACUAUCGUCCAGCAAUUGCUUUCAAACCCUCUAGAUCCUUUCACACGAGCCCCGAUGAGCAUCGAUGACGUCGUACCUGCAGAUGACCUGAGGGCACGGAUAGAGGCUUGGAAAGCCGAACGAAUAGCAGCUGCCAAGACGAAGGCAACGGGUGCUUCGUUGCAUUCAACAAUGGAUACAACGGAAGGCUGA